AUGAAACCAGAGAGUGAAGACCGGAGGGGUGACAAGGAACGGGAGGUCAUCCUGCUGGGCAUCCUCAACAUAGAAAAUGUGUACGGAAAAGAUUGGAUUAAAAAAAAAAAAGAGGUGAAGAAGGACCUGCAAAGCAAGUCGGUCAAGUUAAACCAGGCAUUUAAAAACCCAGCAAUUUUUCACGAACGUUUUGAAUUCCUUUCUGCAGAGGAUUUCAGUUGUGUAAAAAAUAAUUACAUUUACAGCGCCAUCGUUAUUUUUAACCCCAACUUGGGUGGGAAUUCCUUGGGGGGGGAAGAGCCAGUGUCGGAGGAGGGGGAUAUCAGGGAGGACGCACCCCCCCUUGGGCAGGCAAAAGUGAAGAACACGUCGUCAUCCAUUGUGCACCCCCCGUCGGACGUGGCCAACAAACCCUUCAACGUGUCUCGAAAUAAUUUCUUUAACAUGACUGCCUACAUAUAUGGAUCGUCCAACCUGUUGGCGAACACGAGCUUGAUUCUACGCGAGUACGGGGACGAUGAGUGGGCCGAGCGCCUGCGGCGGACGAAGAAGGGGAAGGAGCAGGCACGCGGGGGGCCUCCCCCAGGUGCCCAGGACAGCGCAGCGCCGCGGGAGGGUGGUCUCAUCAAGACCUUCACAUCGUUGUUUAAGAAGUGA